CACACACACACGCGCGCUCUCGCUAUCUACACACGCGCAACGCACGCGCGCGCGCGCGCCGCCUUCACGAUCGGCGCGCUCCCAGCCACGUCUCGCCCCGGCGAGCGCAAAAAAGGAACUUCCAUCUUUAUCGUUUGAGAAAACAACAACAACAACACCACCGGCGGGGUUGAAAGCAAACAAGCAACUGCUUUACCGCAACCACCUCGAUCAGAAGCAGCAGUAUCAACACCAGCAGCAGCAGCAGCGGCACCAUCAUCUACCACCAUCAUCAUCAUGAUGGAGAGCGCGCAUCAAUCGCUGCUGCUGUCCACGGCCAACGCCAACCACACCACGGCGCCGCAGGCUCCAGCGCCGCCCCCGCUGCCCUCUCUGCCACCGCAGAUGCCCGCGCACCACCCUCCCGUCGCAGCCGCGGCUGCCCCGGCGAUCGAGAGCGGCGAGCGUCCUCCUCUGCCCUCGCAGCCAGCGCGCCGACCCAGGUGCCCAAGCAGCAGUCGAGCACAAAUUGAGGUGAUCCCGUGCAAGAUCUGUGGCGACAAGUCAUCAGGGAUUCAUUACGGAGUCAUCACGUGUGAGGGCUGCAAGGGAUUUUUCCGGCGGAGUCAGCAAAACAAUGCAUCAUAUUCCUGCCCGCGGCAGCGCAAUUGCUUGAUCGACCGCACGAACCGGAACCGCUGCCAACACUGUCGCCUGCAGAAAUGCUUGGCCCUCGGCAUGUCGCGAGAUGCGGUAAAGUUUGGCCGGAUGUCAAAGAAGCAGCGGGACAGCCUGUACGCGGAGGUGCAGAAGCACCAGCGGCUGCAGCAACACCAGCAGCACCAACAGCACGGGGAAGCCGAGCCCCUCACGCCGUACUCUAAUGGCAAUGGCUUGGGCAGCGGAAGUGGCAUCUCUCACGACCCGGACCACGAGCUGAGCGACCUCAACGACGUGUUUGGGCCAGAGCUGGCAGAGAUGGCCUCUCAGGCGGGGAGCGCGGGUGACAUGAUGAUGAGCUGCUAUUUCCCAUCAGCCUCCGGUGACACAAGCACUCCGCCCAGCUCCAACUCGUCCGCCUCCUCUGUGGGCUCCGUGUCGCGGUCCGGUUCGGCGUCAGGCCAGCCAUCUCCGGACCAGUCCGGUUUGGACAUAGAUGGUAACCGGCCCCGGAGUUUGGUGAUCAAGCAGGAGCCUGGCUCAGGCGUGGCCACAGCACCGUGCGUGGUGUCUGCCACCGCCAACAACGGUGCUGUUGGCAUGACAUAUGACCUUAAUGGUGACCUUACGUGCGACCUGGAAUUCUUGGCCAGUGCUUUUUGCAAUGGCCACUACGGCAGUGGGAAAACACCAACCAGUGAAAUUGAACACCUUGCCCAGAACAUUGUACGGUCGCACAAUGAGACGUGUCAGUACUCAACAGCGGAGUUGCAGAGGCUGGCAUGGCAAACAUACUCCUAUGAGGAAGUCAAGGUUUGCCAGAGUCAGCCUCUGGAGGUGAUGUGGCAGCAGUGUGCCAUUCAGGUCACCAACGCCAUCCAGUAUGUGGUGGAGUUUGCAAAGCGCAUUGAUGGCUUCAUGGACCUCUGCCAGAAUGACCAGAUCAUCCUGCUCAAAGCUGGGUGCUUGGAGGUGGUGUUGAUAAGGAUGUGCCGAGUGUUUAAUCCACACAAUAACACAGUGCUCUUUGAUGGAAAAUAUGGUGGCAUUCAGCUUUUUAAAUCGUUAGGCUGCGAUGACCUGAUUACUGCCAUGUUCGACUUGGCCAAGAGCCUCUGCGCGAUGCAACUCAAGGAGGAGGACAUUGCUCUCUUCUCGGCCUCUGUGCUCGUCUCGUCCGACCGGCAAUGGCUGCAGGAUUCAAUAAAGGUGGAGAAGCUGGCAGAAAAAAUUAACCUUGCCUUCCGGCAUGUGGUUUGCAAGCAUCGUAUGAAUGACAACAUGCUCAACAAGUUGCUGCCCAAGGUGGGAGUCCUACGACAGGUGUGUGCGCUGCACAUGGAGAAGUUUCAGGAGUUCCGAGAGGGUCAUCAGGAUAUAGUGCACUCCCACUUCCCGCCUCUUUACAAGGAGCUCUUCAGCUCUGACAUCCAGCAGUUGCAGCCUGGCUCAGCAGCCAACGGGAACUGAUGCCCACUGUCAUUUGCUGCCGCCGCUGCUGCUGCUAGUGCUGCUUGUCUGCACGUGACAUUGGUUGGGGAGGGCUGGCGGGGGGGUUUUAUGAACACCGUUCGGCAUGCGGCACAUGAGUUUUGAGUCGAGGCUCAGAAGCUACCUGAAGCAAUAGCACAUGGGAUCCAACACCGGUUGCUUGUGUAUUUCACAGCCCACUCUUGAUCUCCCUCGUCCCUCCUUGUACCCACCUUCAAUCCUAGCCAUUCCCCUCGCUAUGUCAAAGUGGUCUCAGCCAGGCGUUAAUAUUGAUGGAAGCCACUCGCACCACCCCCCCCACCCCCAUCUUCACACUGCAAGUCAACUUUUUUCAAGUGGUCUUCAGUGCUUAGCGGACAAUUGAGUGGCUGUCACAACGCGAACACAAAUGCAAUCAACGGAUGAUACAGAUGCACACCAGAGCAUUGUUUGAAGGUAGGAUUGCAAAGGCACUUCUGCUGUGAAGUUUAUCAUGAUAGAAACUAUCGGCAGCUGGCUCAAGCUGAAGUUACCUCGCAUUUUCGCAACCAAAACCAUCAGGAAUAUUUCGACAUAACAGGGUCCGUUGCUCAGUGCUGCAGGUGAGUUUCGAGGGAGCUCAGGAAAAAAUAUUUAGAGCUGCCCCAUCUUAAAUUGUUUUGAGCCAACAAUCCACUGCAUUUAUUGGAGAUGUAAUGGAUAUUCCACCAAUGUGAUGUUAAUCCAUGGCUCUAAAGCAUUUAGGGUGGGAUGCACUCCAUGAAGUAGGAGUUUCAGAUCUAAUGAUGGAUUAUUUAAAGGCUGGCGCGUUUCAGUUCACUCAACUAUCUGAACGAAGCACAACAAGAUUAGUAUCUACACUGGUUUCAUGGUGUGCACCAUUCUUUUUAGAAGGGGUAAAACUUAAUUUUCAUCAUCAGGAUUUCCACAUAACUGAAAUGAACUCGUUUUUUUUUUCUAAUUCCGGUGUGCAACAUGAACCAAGGUAUCAUCGCUAAUCAAUCUUUUCUUGCGAAAUCUCUUGUGAGGCCAGCUUCCCAUUGGUCCCAUUUUUUUCCCAUUCUAAAUGGAUGGGUACCAGAGCCAAUGACGAGGAAUCUUACUGCCGGUUUGCUAAAAGAAAAUAUUCAGUAACAAGAUGCACAGCGACAACAUGCUGUGUUGUAGCAAGAAGCCGUGCUUGACUUCACUAUAUUUCACCUGUGUCCCACUUUCUACGAAAACUUGAACUUUAGUGAUAAGCGUCGCUUCACAUAAAGCCUCAGCUUGCUGAAGUUAUACAAAGUGUGAUGCUCAACAACUGACCAGCAGGGUGUGGUAAAUGUAAAACGACAACAACAACAAACUAAGCAUCAACAUGAAAAUAUUUUCUACAAGCAGUAAAGCCUCUACUGAUGAGCAUUCUCCACCCGGAUUGGUGGUGUGCACUUAGCAAUAAAUUUCCAGCAGAACCAAUAACAACAUUCUAACACAAAUUCCUGCCAUUUUAGUUCACGUUAUCUGGAAAUACCCAGGUAUAUGGUAUGUUUUUGACAAGUCGUAACGCGUUUUAUGCGAAACGUUAUUUUGAAAAACGUAAACCCUGUGAUUUGACUAUUUUAUCGCAGCACACUAAACACAAGUAUAGUAUAAAUUGCACAUUAAUUCCAAGCUGCAUGAGUGUAUUUUGUUUUCUUUCAGCCAGUGGAGGCUUCUGGAAGAUUGGCCUGAAUCUCAUGCAGUGUAUGCAUGCUAAAUUGUUUUCUCAAACUUUGAACAAACUACUGAUAGUUUAAAGCGAUAGUAUUUUACACCUGAUGUGUUUUAGGCACUACAAACACUAUAUUUUGUAUAAUUUUAGAGUGAAAAUAAAAACAAAUGUCGUUUCCCUUUAAUUGCUUAAAGCAUUAUAACCUUAACAUUAACAAAAUAAGCACUUAACUCCGUCCCUGUUAUGAAGAGCCAAAGGAUUUGGCUCCGAUCACAGUCAUGUCAUAAAAAAAGUAAUGUGUAAACUGGGCUGUAUAUAUUCAUUUUAGCACUCACCAGGCAUCAGUGUGGUAUGGCAAUUUUAGAUUUUAAAAGACUUGAAAUGUAUAUUUUAUUGGUUUCAAGAAAUUACUCUUGGGGGGGAAAAAAACAAGACGCUAUAACUGUUGGAUUCAGGGUAAAUGAAGCGAAGAGAUGAAUGUAUCUUUGCAAGAGUGGAAGUCUUUAAGAAAGGCUACAGUGUUGACAAUCAAUUGUUGUUUUUUUUCUUUCCGUGGUUGAAUGUCCUUUUUAUUUACGAAUAGUCCUGUAUUUGUGAUAUUCCGUUCCUACAUUUGUCCUAAUUAUUUGAGGCUGUACAUUUUAAUGGAGAAGUGUAACACUCUCUUUCGUAUGGAUAUGAAUUGAGUACCAACUAUAAAUUGACGGCGAAGUUGUAUAUCCAGCUGAUGGCCUCAGUGGACGUAUACCACUUGUGCUCCUGGCAUACGCUGCAAGUGGACAUUUGUUCAUAAUGUGUCCCACCGUUGGUUACGGCACGCAAGUCGCUUAACACUCAAAUGUCCGUGGCACGUUUCUCAAUUUUCAAAUGCCGUUUAUAAAAAUCUGAAGUUACAAUAUUCUUUCCAUGCAAAGUAUGUAGAACAAACGCGUUACUAAAAUUACUACAAACAGGAUAAUAUAUUUUAAAGUGGUACAUUUUAAUCCAUGUAUAUAGACGGGUGCCAGUACUUUUAAGCCCUUGAUAUUUUAUUGCACAUUGUUAAACCAAUUUUCCAAAUCUUGAAAAUGUUGCCAUUAAUAUUCUCACGAAUUUGAACGGUUAUGAUCGUUGAUUAUAAUGAUAUAAGUGUGGAUAUUAGACUCAAACUGAAAAACAAUGCAGUCAGUUCAUAACUGUAAAAAUUACAUAAACAAAACAGCACGUCUAUUUUCUGUAAAGUUAUGUAUUUUCUUAUAUGUAAUUGUUUUAGUAUGUAACUAAAACAAGCGUUUUAUUAGCAUGGGCAUUCAAAGUAGAUUAUUAAGAAAACAAUACUUUAUUCUGAUUUGUAUCCUGGAAAUUGCUGUGUUACACUUCACCAUUGUCUUUGUGACACCCGCACUAAGAGUUGAAAUGGUUUAUGGAUUCUUAUUUAAUUUGUAACCUGGAAAUUAUAGUAUUACACUUGAUCCUCGUCUUUGUGGCAUCCGCACUAAAAGUUCCAAUGGUUAUGAAGAGCAGAGACAUGUCAAAAAGCCUUGUCUGGAUACAAUCGUGCUGAUGAGAUUUACGCAUUUUUGAAAAGUGUGUAUUUUUUUUGAAGACACCUUAUAUUUUGGGUAAAACGUUGUAAGAUGUAUUGUGCAUUCAAAUUUUUAAGAGUAUAUUUUUGUGCGUAAAUGUACCAAAUACUGUACGAAACUUUCACAAACGCCAAUGUGUUUUCUCCCACCAUCUGCAUACCUAACUGCUUAUUAUUUUGGUCUGUGAGCAAAUUUUGAUAACUGGUGACUUAAGAGUAAAAUGACAAUACAAUUUUAUUGCAUGCAUUAUCCACGUUAAAUUUCCAAAAAAGGGACUUUGAUUUGACAGACAAUACAAUUGUAUUUGCGUGUAUAAUUGUACACACAAUUGGAAGAACUGAUCAUUCGUAUGCCCUAUAUAACCCAAUCCGGCCCAGGUUUAUAAGUGCAUCUAUACAUUUUUGAGUACACGUUACAUUUGGUAUUGUGGCUUCACUACUUUGGUAGGUCAAUUGGAUGUGCGCCUUUUAAAAAAAAUACAAUAAUGAAAAUAACGAUGAAAAAAGUGACAUUGCGCACAUGCUUCUGCUAAAGUGUCUGGUGGUGGCUAAUUGGUGGUGCUCUGCAAACAUUCCAGCAUGAGAAAAGGAAGUGGUGGUGGCUUGGUGGCAGUGUGGAAUUGUUUACGUGUUGAAGACAGCGUUCCAAUUUAUAUAUAUGUCGAUGUACUAUUGGAUGCCGCAUACGUAGAGUAACCUUCAUGAUUUGCUACUUGUUAUUUUUUUCCCUUUAAAAACAUUUUUGCACACAUUAUUUGCUCCUUGCUCCCUAGUGCAAUAGUAUUUUUUGUCUAGAUAUACAUUUGGGGACUAUACAGAUGUGAGUUGCAUCUAUAUUUGUGCUUGAGCACCUUUUUUGUUUGGGUGGGUAGAAAAAUGAAUGAAUGAAUGGGAGUGUUCAAGUCCCGAUUUGUUGACAUGUUCCCUUUAAUGUCUUCUCUGUACUUUGACACUUUUUUUUCUGAGACUCCUUUGUAUACGUACCAGUAGUAUAUCAUCACAAUCACUGUUUUUCGAAAAUAACGUGAUGGUUCACAUUCGUUCGUAAUUUCAAAUCCCAUUAUGUACAUAGCAACGCAUACUUACAUGGUAUGCGUUCAUCAAUUUGUGCCUGGGUUGAUUGCUUUUGUGUGUGUACAAUUAUUAAGUGUUUAUAAUUCUGUAUGCAUAUGUAUACAGAUUUGUGUUAUUUCGACUUAAUGAAUGGUGUGUGUAUGUGUUAACUGGGUCAUAGUCUCAGGGAGAGUGACAAUACAUUUAAUGAUAAAGGAAUUCAUCGAGCAAAAUUAUGAUUUUUUCACUGUCUCACUAGACAUUAAAUUCCCCACGGUAGCAAUAACCCAUUGAAGGAAAGCUUAUACAAUUGCUGGCUUUUAAAGUAAUAUUUUUCAUUAGUGUUUUUUUAUCCUAUGUCUCUUGGUUCCUCGAAUAAAGCCAAACACGUUUUAACGUGUAAUUUUGCAUUAUAUAUUUUUGCGUAUAGUACUUUUUUAAGCCUCCAGCACAACUAUGUAGCAUUUAGUGUUUAUUUUGAACAUGGGAAAAGUAAGAAUGGUAUUAUUAAGGUGUCUUGCUGUAUACCUGAAUUGAAGUAUCUCUUCUCUACCUUUGAAUUAAAGAAGUAAAUAAUUUGGGUUUGUGGAAAAAUUACAAGAAUUCACUGUUUUAAGAGCAUUAUUUUUUAUUGUAAUAUGUAUUGGUGUUCAACUCAUCCUUUCGUCUUUGGUUCUCGGCUGAGAGAUUAGUGAUGUUGAUGGUUAAGUUAGUGUGGGUUUGUAGCGAUGUAAGGUGACAGAAUCCCAUUGUUGUAUUGUUUUGUGCAAGCAACACAAAUAAUAUAUUGAAGGAAAAUGGUUUUGUUUUCAUGUGUCCUGUUAUAGAUCUUUGUGAUGUUGGUUUGUAGUGGUGACAUUUCGAAGGUUCCUUUUAACAGAUCUCGUAACCUCUAGCCUUUCUCAGGGAUAGUCCUUUUUGAUUGAAGUAGGGAUGUGUAUGACCAUUUCAUUGCUUAACCUUUAUAUGCUGCUUGUGUUUCUAACGCUAAAAUGUGCAAGGCAUUAGACUAAAGCCCUAUAUUCAUGGUUUUCCCAUUUACUGCACAAUUCAUACUCUUGCGUGUAAUGCUGUCUCAAUGGCCCAUAAUUUAUAUCUUGUUACUUUUCUUUUAUAUAACAAAUUAAAUACAUUUUUUAAAAUGCCAAAAUCUUUUUUUUUGGAUCUGACGAUUCAACCGUUAUAAUGUCCAACAUCGUGCAGAGAACAGUAACUUUGGAGUGUGAAAUAAUUUUCAAUGAAAUAUUCCAGCGUAUUAAAGUUUUGUAUGUAAAUAACAUACUUUUACUCUAGACAAUCAAGUAUGCUCUUGGGUAGGUUUGGUGCCAAAAGCACCCACUUUUUCUCAUUUGACUUGCCCUUAAUAUGGUCUUUGCACUUUCCUUUUAAAGCUUGAGUUUUUUUUUUACCUGUAACGUGUAUUUUUGUUUUUAUUUUAAUUACUGACAUUCAGUAUUACUAAGCACUCAAAGUUCAUAUUACAAAAAAAAUUGCAGUCCCUUAAUGCCCUUUGCAAAAUACCCAACUUGUUUCCUCCACAAGUCCACCAUAGUAUUGGGACUUUCAAAAUGUAUUCAUCCACAUUUAUAAUCAGUAUUGUGAUGGAAAAUAUAAUUUCAGUUAGUCCUGAUAUGUAAAAUAUUGGCUUUUUUAAUGCAUCUAACAACAUUUUGUUCUAGCACAACAGUGAAAAUGUCAACGCCUUUUAAUUACAAUGCUUUUAUAUAUUUUUUCCAUCAUACAACGCUUAACUUUUAUAGCACUUGCACCAAUAAUUUCAUACAUGGUUACGUGUUUAGAUCUCAAACCAAUUAGACCGUGUGAUCACUCAUCUCCCGCGUCUCAGGGAUGCCCUCUUGUGUUUCCCAAGAAUGUACAUGCAUCUUUUCGGUCCAACAAGUGGUUUGCAAAUUGAAAUGUGGAAGGCAAUAAGAUGACAAAAAAUACACUUUUUAAAGUCCGAAAAUUAAUAUGCUGCAUGCUAAUUUUAAAUUUUACACAGUCACUACCAGACAAGGCUUUUCAAAAGUAUAAUUUGUCAUGCUCGCUUUUGCAGCACUUGGCAAUUAGAAGUAUAAAUCAUGGGAAGGAAACCCUACAGAUUAUUGCAGGGUUAUGACAAGGGAUGAUAAUAUUUAUAAAAGGUUUAUAUAGUGUAUGUUGAAAUCUAUAUUUGGAGAAUUUGAGUAGGUGCAGUUUCUGAUGGAUGAAAGCCGUAAAGACAUUGCAUUUUCAGUGUCCAAAAAGUAUGACACCUUGUAUGGCUCAAACUUGGAGGGAAACGUAUUGUCUUUUUUUUCUCUCUCCUUUAUUUCAACUCUGUUUAUUCGCCAUGAAAGAAUGCUAUGCGUUAAGAUGUUUGUACAUUGUAAGAUGAAUCAUAGUUGUCGUCAAUGCUAAAAUGCACAGGUGUUGCUUUAAGUAGACAGUAUUGUUAACAUGAGUAUAGGGUUGGUAACAUUCAGCAAUUUUGGUGAACAAGGGCAGUUCCAGCGCUGCUUGCAUGUUACAAUUAUUUUUAACACAUGCUAUAUAAUGUUAUUACAAUUUACAGAUGUGUCGUUUUAAACUUGUCUAACCAAGUAAAAUACCAGUGGGCCAAAUAGUAAUGCUUCUCUUUAAGGUGAAAUCUAAAAUGCUGUUAUAAUGUCAAUGCUUUUCAGUAAAUACAGUGUAACUUUAGCCAAAUGCUGGAACGGCCCUUUUUUUCAAAAAGUUCUACCAUUUUAAUGGCAACCCUAAACCAAUGUUCUAUUUUACACACUAAGUGUUUCCACUUAAAGAAAGUGUUAUGAAUGCACAAUUAAAUGCAGUCAAUUGUUCAAUUGUUUCUGCAAUAACUUUAUGGUUUUCAUCUCCUAUAUGUCCCCAUCACUCAGUAGAGUAUUUCCCUAUUCUUACCGUUUUCCGGUAAUUACCUUCUUGUAAUAUAUAUUUGAAUGUAACACAUUUAUAGUUGUUCCCUAUUUGUAAAGCAAUAAAACGAAGUUGAGAAAAAAAAACAUUUUGAAACACAACAUUUAUUGUACGAGUACGUGGUUUAGUUUAAGCCAUGUUAUUAUUGAAGCUUGUGUAAUGUUUUAAACGUGCAUUUUGCACACCUUUCAUUACUAAGGAUUAAUCCUUAGGUUACCUGUAUAGCUUUACUUAUAUAUUGGGAAAUAUAUAUAAAUAUCUUCACUAACGCCCUGUUUAUCUGACAGCAUUGUUAUAGCUAUUUUUUCGUAAAUGCAUUAAUUUAUGUUUCUCAAAUUCUUACGCGUACGGAAGGUUUAGCCUCGUCAUUGCGAGUUGCGCUGCACGGGAUGGAUGUCGCGUGUUUGGAGCAGAAAGGAACUCACACCUUCACGGUUUCACGGAUUCCGACAUAAGCUCCUUAUUUACAGAUUUUAUGUAUUCACUUUGAAAAUAAAAUAAAAAGAAAU